UUAUUGAACACCUACUAUGUGCCAAACAGUGUCCUGGGUGAACAAGACUCCCACCAGUAGAGGUUGUUCAAGGCAAUGGGAAUGAUUGAUACAAACCCCCAUGGAGCUGGGAGUCCAUGGGGGAGACAGGUAAUCAACAAAUAAAUCCCUCUCAACUAGGGCUUGAAGGAAACUUAAGCUACACCAACGUGUAGGGUCUUUUCACCAGGGUGAGCUGAUCUGUAUUUAGCCUUCAGACCUCUGCAGGUGGUCAGCAGGACCAGUCAUCGGCUACCAUGGCUCCCACUCGCUCUAGGUACCAAGAGGGAAGGAGCAGCCCAGAGUGGAGAGGGGACAGGACUUCCUCCCCAAGCCACCUGCUGAGACAGGGAAAGAGCUGUGGCAGGAGUCCCGACCCUUCCUCCCAAACACACACCUGCGGUUACAGAGGUGGGAUGUAUUACUGUUGCCCAGAGAGAGAGCGCGCGCCACCGGCGGCCACGAUGACCUCAGUCAGGUGUUAGAAAGGACCUCUCACGGGCUUUGGGCUGUGGCUGAGGCAUUUGUGGGGGUCUAAGGAACCUUGCUCUAGAUUGAAUGAUGCCAGAAAUCGGGGGCAAUUCUACGAGUAAAGAAGUAGCAGCCAUUCAAUUGGCAAGAGAGGAGGACGUUUGGCAUUGUGUGGGUGGCAAGUGGCUUUGGGCUAAGACUAGAUUAUGAAGUGCCCUCGCUGUGUCUCAUUUUGUCAGUCGCUUGCAGAGCAACUCUGUCUGAUGUUGGUGACGUGUAAAAUCAUUUAGGUCCAGCAAGAGAACAACACGGCAUAUCUGGGUCCGACCAGUUCCAGACGUAGGGGGCCGCUUUCUUCUUUCUCAAGAGGAACCCACAUUGACUAAAUCCUUGCCAGUGUUCAGAUUCCUGUUAAAUUCUUUCAAUGGCGAGUCUGACAAAUGUUGGCCCACCAAAUCUAGCCUGCUGCCUGCUUUUUGUGCAACCUGUGAGCUAAGCAUAGUUUUUAUAUUUUUAAAUGGCUGAAUAAAUCAAAAGAAGGAUAUGUUGUGACAUGUGAAAAUUAUAUGAUCUUCAAAGUUCGGUGUCCAAAAAUAAAGGUUUAGCCACACGUAUUCAUUUCUGUAUUGUCUAUGGCUGCUUUUGUGGCAGAGUUGAGUACGACAGAGACCACAGGGCCCCAAAGACUAAGAUAUUUACUAUCUGGUCUCUUACAGAAGAAAUUUGCCAGUCCCUGCUUUAAAUGGUGUCUUAAUCCAUUCAGUCUGCUAUAACAAAAACAGCAUAGAUUGAGCAUUUAUUUUUCAUAGUUCUGGAGGCUGGGAAGUCCAAGAUCAAGGUGCCAGCAAAUUUGCUCUCUGGUGAGGGACUGUUUCUCGGUUCAUAGAUAGCCAUCUUCUUGCUGUGUCCACACAUGGUGGGAGGAGGGGUAAGGGAGCUUUGUGAGGCAUCUUUUAUAAAGGCACACCUCCCGAAGUCCCCACCUCCUAAUACCAUCACAUUAGGGAUUAGGUUUCCACAUAUGAAUUUGGGGGGGACGCAAGCAUUCCGCCGAUAGCAAAUGGGUCAACUCCUUAGUCCUCUUGACAACCCUAGGAGAAUUAUUACUUCCAUUUUAUGAAUUAAAGAACUGAGGUACAGUGAGAUUAAGGGAUUUAUCUAAACCUGAGAAUAGGAACACUCCUAUCCAUUUGUUACAUUACACUAAAGACACCAUGCUCUUUCCUCCUAGCUGCUGUGCGGAGGAACGGCCUGCACCCCGUGCCCACGGAGAUGCAAUUUCUGGCCAGCCCAGAAGACAAAGACUGCCCUGAGGCCGACGCUCCAUUGGACCUUCUGGCAGACUGCAAGAAGGAGGAGGAAUAUCGCAGAAACAUCUGGAAGGGCUUUCUCAUCUCCAUCCCCUACUCGGCCAGCAUUGGGGGCACUGCCACCCUCACGGGCACGGCCCCCAACCUCAUCCUGCUUGGCCAGCUCAAAAGUUUCUUCCCACAGUGCGAUGUGGUGAAUUUCGGCUCCUGGUUCAUUUUCGCCUUCCCUCUCAUGGUGCUGUUCCUGUUGGUGGGCUGGCUGUGGAUCUCCUUCCUGUACGGCGGAAUGACCCUGAGGGGCUGGAGGGGGAAGAAAUCUGAGAUCAAAACUGAUGCAGAAGACAGGGCUCGCGCCGUGAUUCGGGAGGAAUUCCAGAACCUGGGACCCAUCAAGUUUGCCGAACAGGCCGUGUUCACCCUUUUCUGCAUGUUCGCCAUCCUCCUCUUCUCCCGGGAUCCGAAGUUCAUCCCUGGCUGGGCCAGCCUCUUCACCCCUGGGUUUCUUUCUGAUGCUGUCACCGGAGUGGCCAUUGUCACCAUCUUGUUCUUCUUCCCAUCCCAAAGGCCCUCUUUCAAGUGGUGGUUUGACUUUAAAGGUAAGGUGUCAGGGCUGGGGUCUCAGUGGGCUCAGUGAGGCUGUGACUCAGAG